AUGGCUCAAGGCUGCGCAGUUGGCCUGUUUGAUGGCGAUGUGAGAUGUUUCGAUCGACCAGUCACAUUACGUGGUCGAGGUGGCAAUUUCCAUUUGGAUGCUCGCUACUGUCUGUGUGACGGCGAUCUGUGCACACGUAGAUCCGAUACCUGGCGACAGUAUGGACCGAAAAAAUUCGUUGCCCAGAGAUAUGAAGCCGGUUAG